CGAAAUUCAGAAUUUGUUCGUUUAGUAUACAGUAAUGUGUUGCCAACUCAAAUCAUCUAACCUUUGAUCUGAAAUUCAAUAUUUUCAUUUCUUCAUUUAUAAUCCGAAAGAAAAUGAAGAUAUAUGUUUAAUUUCAAUCUUCACCAAUUACAUUCAUUCUGUGUAAUCAUUGUCACAAAGUUGCUAACCAUAUUUUAGAACAUGAGCAAUCUAAUUGGGCAGACCUUCUUAUGUGUUCUAUAUUUAAAUCGGAUUGGAUACAUUCUAACUACUGAAAAGCUUAAUUAUUGGUGUUCUAAAUUUACUAGUAACACAUAUUCAUAAAUUAAUGAAACUUACUGAGACGAAGGUUUAUUCGAAUAAUUUCACUAUGGAAUCUGUCAAAGACUUCCCUAGAAUCACCUCAGUAGUUAGACUCAAAGUUAUGAUAAUCUUGGCAGUCUCAACUGUUACAUUUGGAAUUUGGUACAUGUGGGGUCUUAGCCUAAACGAAAUAGGUCAGUAUAUUUCAAACUACCAAAACCUAGCAAUAUGGAAUAUGGUUAAACAGCCUGUUUAUUAUCCGAACUUCAAAGUUUUCAGAAAUGACGUAAUGAUUGGGCGUCUUCUGUUAAAUAAAACCAAGAAACAUGAAAUUAUCAUCUACGGGCGGAUGUUGGCAGAUAUGAACAAAGAUGUAACAAAUUGUCCAGUGAACAAUUGUGUUAUUCAUACUGAUACAACUCGUUGGAUUCAAAGUGAUCUUAUUUUAAUUCCAAGCAGACAAUUUCCUUCCGGAAAGCGUCCACAUCAACAGGCUUGGGUGGCAUUUGAGUAUGAAUCAGCACUCCAUACUCGACUUAGUGAUGAACUUAAUGAUAAAAUUAACUUCACUGCAUCAUAUCGAUUUGAUUCAACUAUUCGCACACCUUAUGGAAUGUAUACACCGAAUGAACCUAAAACAGAUGAUAUCAAUAAAACAAUCCAUUCGACAAAAUUGGAGAAUAUAGCGAAAGGAAAAGACAGAGCUGUUGCCUGGAUAGUGAGUAACUGUUAUCCUAGGAGUCCAAGAAAUGUUUAUGCAAAUGAACUGGCUAAAUAUAUUACAGAAUAAAGCAGUUUAAUUAUUUGUAAAGAAAAUGAAGGAAAUUUGAUGAUGAGUAGCCUAGAAUUAUCAAAGACGGUAU